AUGGCGGCGCUCGCCAACGGGACGACCAACGGGGCCGCUCACGGCGACUCCGCCCCUGGUCCUGUCAGCAUCAGAUUCUCCGACAUCCCCUCGGCAAUCGACAUUCCUGUUCAGGGCGACCAAGAAGACGAAGCCGUCGAAAUCGAUCUCGAAGACCUUGUCGAUGAUCCUACCGAGCUCUGUACCCUCUUCGAAAACGAGCAUGCCGCAAAGACGUACUGGAUGACGGUCGCCCUCGCCUACGCGAAGCAACACAAAAUCGACCACGCCAUCGAGAUGCUCAUCCGUGGUGGCGGCGCUAUCCAGAGCAAUGCCAGCAACCCGCGCGACAAGGUCAGCAUGAUCUGCUGUCUUUGCUGGAUGUAUCUUUGGAAGAGCCGUGAAGCUCCCCGAGUUGCCCCCGACGGAAUACCAGUCUCCGAGGCCAAGACCAAAGAAUACUAUCUUCAGCUUGCGACAUCCUCACUCAAUGACGCUGCCCGCCUGAACCCGUCUUUCCCGCCCAUCUUCCUCGCCCGCGGCGUCUUACUCCUUCUGAGAGCCUCGCUACAGGCCCCAUCCAAGACUACGAACAACAGUAUUGGCACUGAAAAGCAAGAGCUCUUGAAGACUGCCGUCAAAUCCUUUGACGACGCGCUCCGGGUCUCCCAAGGCAAGAACAUGCUUGCCCUGAUGGGCAAGGCGCGCGCAUUCUUCUCAUUACAAAAAUACCCUGAUUCUUUGGCAAUAUACCAAGAUGUAUUGCAGAAGAAGCCUGAUCUGGUCGACCCUGAUCCGCGCAUCGGUAUCGGUUGCUGUUUCUGGCAGCUGGGAUUCAAGAAGGAUGCCAAAACCGCUUGGGAGAGAAGUCUUGAGAUUACAGCAGACUCCAAGGUUGCCAACAUUCUUCUUGGUUUGUAUCACCUCGAUGCCAGUGGCCACGUACCGGUCAACAGCGAGGACUUUGUCAAACUCUACAAAAAGGCCAUGACGGAGUAUACCCAAAAAUCAUUCAAGCUCGAUAAGAACCUUCCAUUGACGUGUUCAACCUUCUCCAACUACUUUCUUUCGCGCAAAUCGUGGGACAACGCCGACAAGCUAGCUCACAAGGCCAUCCAAUAUACCGACGUCAACGCCAUUGCCAGCGAUGGUUGGUACGUUCUGGCUAGAAAAUCUCACUACAAUGGCGACACGGAAAAUGCCAACGAUUUCUACCGUCGAGCCGAUGAUGCGCGUGGAGGAACAGAAACUGGCUACUUCCCAGCCAAAUUUGGUGCCGCGCAACUCUCGGUGGUGAAGAAUGACCUCGGUGAGGCCAAGCUGCGCCUUGAAAAGAUGAUUCAGCAUUCAAAGAGCCAUGAAGCCAUGAUUCUUCUCGGCACGCUCUACGCGGAAGAAAUUUUUGCCAACCAGACCAGCGAGGUCAAGGAGGACAAAUCAGCAGAGAUGAAAAAGGCUAUCAACCUCCUGGAAGCGGUCAGAACAGCUUGGAAGGAUCCGAAAAGAAAUGCGUCCCCCGAUGCUUCCGUGCUGCUUAAUCUUGCCAGACUUUACGAAACUGAGAACCCCGAAAAGGCGCUCCAGUGCUUGCAGCAGGUAGAACAGCUCGAACUGGAACAGAUCCCGCCUUCAGAGUACCCUGAAGGCGUUACAGAGGAAGCAGAGGUGCAGGCUUCUAUCCGCAAAUUCCUUCCUCCCCAGCUACUGAACAACAUUGGCUGCUUCCACUUCCAGGCCGAGAAGCACGUUUUGGCAAGCGAAAUGUUUGAAGCAGCCCUUGGUGCCUGCAUGAAGAUGAGCGAAAAGGACAGCACCGUUGAUACCGAUGCUCUUGUGUCCACAAUCAGCUUCAAUCUCGGCCGCAGCUACGAGGCUCAAGGUCUCUCAGACAAGGCGGUUGAAGUGUAUGAGGGUCUGUUGAACCGCCACGACGACUACACUGACGCUCGCGCUCGCCUGGCGUACAUCAAACUGCGACAAAGCCCCAAUAAGGAGGGUCCUGACGCCGUUGCAACGCUAUUCCAGGACAACACGAGCGACGUCGAAGUGCGCGCUCUGUAUGGGUGGUACCUGGGCAAGGUCUCAAGAAAACGACCGGGCAAUAUUGCCGAGGACCCGGAGUACCGUCACUACAAGCAUACUUUGCAAAGCUACGACAAACACGAUCGAUAUGCCCUUGUUGGUAUGGGAAAUCUCCACAUGUUGCAAGCCCGCGAAAUGAGACGAGAGACGGAGUCGGACAAGCAGAAGCGCAGUGCGGCUUACGGGAAAGCUGUCGAGUUUUUCGAGAAGGCCCUGUCGCUGGAUCCUAAGAAUGCGUACGCUGCACAAGGCGUCGCCAUUGCUUUAGUGGAGGAUAAGAAGGACUACAAGAAUGCACUCGCCAUCUUCAACAAGGUGCGCGAGACUAUCAAAGAGCCUAAUCUCUAUGUCAACCUUGGCCACAUUUAUGCCGAACUGAAGCAGUUCUCCAAAGCCAUUGAGAGCUAUGAAAUUGCUUUGUCCAAAGAAGGCAAGCACAACGACCCAGUCAUUCUCGCCUGCCUUGGCCGCACGUGGCUGAACAGAGGUCGCGCCGAGCGUGACAUUGAUGCGUACACAAAAGCUCUCGAAUGCGCUGAAAAGGCAUUGGAGGUUGCCCCUGAGCAAAUCCACUACAAGUUCAAUGUUGCCUUUGUCCAGAUCCAGCUAGUGACUACCAUUCAAGGCGUGCAAGAGAACAGGCGCACGGCAGAGCAGCUUGAAAAGGCAGCCGAAGGCUUGGAAGCCGCUAUCGAGUCAUUGGAUGCAAUCGCGGCUCACCCGCAAACCCCAUACCCCAAGCAUGAUGUCGAACAACGUGCUAACAUGGCCCGCAACACGCUGCGCAAACAGCUCGAGCGAGCCAUCGGGAAACAAAAAGAAUGGGAAGAGGUCAACAAGGAGAAGAUUGCUGCAGCGCAGAGUCAGCGAGAAGCUGAGCUUAAGCGUCGUGAGGCUGAGCGCGCCGAAGUCCUAGCCAAGGAAAAGGAGCGCCAGGACAAGAUCCGCAAAGAACGCGAGGAGAUGGCUGCCAAGGUCAAACUUGAGACGGAGGAGCGCGAACGAGAAUUAGAGGCAGAUCGCGCUCGAAAGGAGGCCGAAAUGACUGAGGAUGAAGAAGGCAACAAGGUGAAGCGCAAGCGUAAACCUGCCGUCCGCGCUUCUGGUGAGGGUAAGCCAAAGCGAUCCUCCAAGAAGAAGUCGGCCAAGGACGAUGAGGAUGACUCUGACGAGGGCACCCAUGCCAAGAAGAGGCGCCGUCUUACGACUCGCGAGAGCUCCAAGUUCAAGUCCGCCGAGAUUGUCGUUGACAGCGACGAAGACGGGGAUGGUGCGGGCGGAGAUGACGACGACGAUGAUGAUAUCCUUGACCGGGCUGACCGCAUUGGCCGCUCCAGUCCGGCUGUCUCGGACGCUGGCGACAAUGACUCCAACGCGGGCGGUGACGAGGACGACAAGAUGGACGUUGACGAUGUGCCGCGCGAGGAUGACGACGAUGAGCCUUCAGCCCGUCAGCCCGCCAAGAGGACACGUCGCGGUCGCGUCGUGGAAAGUGACGAGGACGAGGACGAGGAGUAG